AGGUUCAGGUGUUAUCGUUUGCUCUGUGUCUCUGAGUCCUUCCCCGGAACACCCAACAGGCAGAGGGGAAGCAGCGGCCACCCAUAGGACACCCAGUCACCCACACCCUCAGUGCAGCCUCCUGACAACCAUGAGUGGCUAUCCAGGGUAUGGAGCACCGCAAGGAGGCUAUCGCGGCCAGGCGCCUCCACAGACAGGAUAUCCAGGCAGCCAGGUUCCCGGGGGUUACCCCGGACAGCAGCCUUAUGGGUACCCAGGGCAGCAGCCUCCCCCAGGGGCCUACCAGCAACAACCAGGAGGAUACCCAGGCCAGCAGCCUCCUCCUGGGGCAUAUGGGCAGCCUCAGCCCGGUGGAUACCAAGGGCAGGGUUACCCUGGCCAGGCCCCUCCUGGUAUGGACCCAAACAUAGCGUCAUGGUUCCGAGCUGUGGAUCAGGACAACUCAGGACAGAUCAAUGCCAAGGAGCUGCGCCAGGCCCUUCAGAAUGGAAACUGGUCCAACUUUUCAGAGGAAGCUUGUCAGCUUAUGAUCUCCAUGUUUGACAGCGACCGCACUGGCACCAUCAACAUGCAGGAGUUUGGUCAGCUGUUCACCUUCAUCAACCAGUGGACUGAGGUGUACCGCAGGUUUGACCGUGACAACUCUGGCACCAUCGAUGAGGGGGAGAUGAAUACUGCCCUGCAGCAGAUGGGUUACCGCCUCAGCCCACAGUUCAUCUCGUUCCUGGUGUUCAAGUUUAACCCACAAUCCCGCAAGGUGACUCUGGACAACUUCAUCGUGUGUAACAUUCAGCUACGCAACCUUACCGAGGCCUUCAAGAGCCGGGACCGAGAGAUGAAAGGGAUCAUUUCCAUCAGUUACGAGGACUUUGUUAACAUGGCUUUCACAACAACAACAACAACAACAACAACAACAACAACAACAACAACAGCAACAACAACAACAACAACAACAACAACACUACUACUACUACUACUACUACUACUACUACUCACAUAUCUAUAGGUGUUAGCGUUGAGC